ACGGCGAGAGAGACUGAACGGUGAUUGAAAGAGGAAAGUUGAACGGCGGUGGCGGCAGCCAUCUUAGAACUACCGCACUAAUCCGAGAUAUACAUCUCCUGGAUCAUUUUAAACACCAAGCGAAAUUAGAUUGUAUCGGGCGAGAGGAGACAGAGUUACGUUGUUUAAAUCGUUCGGUGUUUUUAUUACGAAGACGCGAUGCGGAUCGGCGGGUUGAAACCUUUCGCUUCUGCAGUCGGUCUGCUUUUAGGACUAUUAUGCGCGGUGGAGGCAUCCAAAGUAAAUAAGCACAAGCCAUGGAUUGAGACGGCAUAUCAUGGUAUUGUGACAGAAAAUGAUGACAAAGUUCUCCUGGAUCCUCCACUGAUAGCUUUGGAUAAAGACACUCCAUUGCGCUAUGCAGAGAGUUUUGAGGUGACCUUCACCAAAGAAGGGGAGAUCUGCGGCUUUAGGAUUCAUGGGCAGAAUGUGCCGUUUGAAGCGGUGGUGCUGAAUAAGUCCACUGGAGAGGCGGUGAUCCGAGCCAAGGACAAACUGGACUGUGAGCUGCAGAAGGAGCACACCUUCACCAUUCAGGCCUAUGACUGUGGAGAGGGACCUGAUGGAGGCAAUAUGAAGAAAUCUCACAAGGCUACCGUCCACAUCCAAGUGAAUGACAUGAACGAGUACUCACCAGUGUUCAAAGAGAAAUCCUACAAAGCCACAGUGAUCGAGGGCAAAAAGUACGACAGCAUCCUGAAGGUGGAAGCAGUAGACGCUGACUGCUCUUUCCAGUUCAGUCAGAUCUGCAGCUAUGAGAUUGUCACCCCUGAUGUGCCCUUCACUAUUGACAAGGAUGGCAACAUCAAGAACACAGAGAAGCUGAACUACAGCAAGGAACGCAUGUACAAACUCGCCGUGACUGCAUAUGACUGCGGUAAAAACCGCGCCUCUGAAGACGUCCUUGUCAAAAUCAACAUCAAGCCCACCUGCAAACCAAGCUGGCAAGGAUUCAAUAAAAGGAUUGAGUAUGAGCCUGGCACAGGAAGUCUAGCCCUGUUUCCCAGCAUGCACCUGGAGACCUGUGAUGAGCCAAUUACCUCCAUUCAGGCUAGUAUCAUGCUGGAGACCAAUCACAUCGGCAAGGGCUGCGAUAGAGACACAUACUCAGAAAAAUCCCUGCACAAGCUUUGUGGUGCCAGCGCUGGCACUGUUGAACUGCUGCCUGCUCCCAGCAAUGCUGCCAACUGGACUGUUGGCUUGCCCACUGACAACGGGCAUGACAGUGACCAGGUGUUUGAAUUCAAUGGCACUCAGGCCAUUAAGGUUCCUGAAGGUGUGGUGAGCACCAGCCUGAAGGAUCCCUUCACCAUCUCAGUGUGGAUGAGACAUGGACCUGGAGGCAGAGAGAAGGAAACUAUCCUCUGCAACUCUGAUAAGACCGAGAUGAACAGGCACCACUAUUCCCUGUAUGUACACAACUGUCGACUUGUGCUACUACUGCGUCAGGACCCCACCGAAUCUGAGCACUACAAACCUGCUGAAUUCCACUGGAAACUUGACCAAGUGUGUGAUAAAGAGUGGCAUCACUACGUACUGAACAUUGAGUUCCCAGCAGUGUCUCUGUUUGUGGAUGGUGCCACAUUUGAGCCCUUCCUGGUCACGGAGGAUUAUCCUCUGCACGCUUCCAAGAUCGAAACCCAGCUCACCAUCGGUGCCUGCUGGCAAGACCUCUCAGGACAUGACAAUGAUACUGAGACACUCUCAGAACCUUUGACAGGUGGCAGCGCCCGCAUGGCUCAGUACUUUAGAGGCAACCUGGCUGGACUCAUUAUCCGCUCUGGGAAACUGGAGAACAAGAAGGUUAUUGAUUGUCUGUACACCUGCAAGGAAGGUCUUGAUGUGCAGCUUCCAGAGGAGGUGGCUUCUGCUGUGAAGGUGGAGUUUAACCCCAACCAAUCUUCUCUGAGCCUGGAUGGAGAUGACAUUGAGAGCUUUGAGAAGGUCAUGCAACACAUCUCCUACCUGAACUCACGGCAGUUCCCCACCCCAGGAAUCCGCCAACUUCGAGUCACCACCACUGUCAAAUGUUUCAAUGAGGAGACGUGUAUCUCCAUACCUGAGGCUGAAGGCUACGUAAUGGUUCUCCAACCAGAGGAGCCAAAGAUCAGCCUCAGUGGAAUUGACCAUUUUGCCCGUGGAGCGGUUGAAUUUGAGAGCACUGAGGGCAUAACGCUCUUCCCUGAGCUGCGCAUCGUCAGCACCAUCACCCGUGAGGUUGAGGUUGAGGUUGAAGCCGAGACCAAGGCUGAGGGAGAGGACGAACCUACAGUGCAAGAGACAGUUGUAUCUGAGGAGAUCAUGCAUAACUUGGACACCUGUGAGGUGACGGUGGUGGGAGAGGAUCUGAAUGGAGAUCAUGAGAGUCUUGAGGUGGAUUUAGCCCAAAUCCAGCAGAGAGGUCUGGAGAUGAGCUCUUCUAAUGUGGGCAUGGUCAUUACAGGUGUUAACACCAUGGUGAAAUUUGAGCAGGUCCUGCAUCUGAUCCGCUACAGGAAUUGGCAUACAGAGGUUCUGUUUGACAGGAAGUUCAAACUGGUCUGUUCUGAACUCAAUGGCCGCUACAUCAGCAAUGAAUUCAAAGUGGAGGUCAACGUGAUCCACACAGCCAACCCUAUAGAUCAUGCCAACAAUGCUAUGGUGCAACCUCAGUUCAUCAACCAAAUCCAGCAUGCUUCAGUGGACCUGUCUGGACACAACCUGGUCAACACACAUCAGGCCUCAGUUGUCCCUAGUGCCGCCACCAUCGUUAUCAUGGUGUGUGUGAGCUUCUUGGCGUUUAUGAUCAUCCUGGGUGUGUUCCGUAUCCGCGCUGCUCACCAGAGCACCAUGAGGGACCAGGAAAAUGGCAAAGAGAAUGAGAUGGACUGGGAUGACUCGGCCCUCACCAUCACUGUCAACCCUAUGGAGGUGCAUUCUUUUUUUUCUGAUUAA